ACUGUUUGACACUAAGGUUCUAAGGUUUGACAGCCAUAUAUAACUGACAGCCGUCAAAUAUUUUUUAAUUUGUCAUUGAAUUUUGAUGAUGGCAAGCACAUCAAGAUACGAUGCAAAUAAAGUUUGCUGUAGUUCCCAUCCAGAUGCCCCAUUAAUUGAAGACUACAGGGCGGGAGACCAAAUUUGUUCAGAAUGUGGCCUAGUUGUUGGUGACAGGGUAAUAGAUGUGGGUUCGGAAUGGAGAACAUUCAGUAAUGAUAAAAAUGGAACAGAUCCUUCUCGUGUUGGUGGCCCCGAAAAUCCGCUUUUGGGUGGAUCUGACUUGACCACCAUUAUAGGACCAGGUAGAGGUGAUGCAAGUUUCGAUACUUUUGGUGUAUCUAGGUAUCAAAAUCGUAGGACAAUGAACAGUUCUGAUAGGGCAUUGAUUAAUGCUUUCAAAGAAAUAAACGCUAUGGCUGAUCGUAUCAAUUUACCUAGAACUAUUGUGGACAGAGCCAAUAAUCUCUUUAAACAAGUACAUGAUGGUAGAAACCUUAAAGGUCGUUCAAAUGAUGCGAUAGCAUCUGCUUGCCUAUAUAUUGCCUGUCGUCAGGAGGGAGUGCCUCGAACAUUCAAAGAAAUCUGUGCAGUAAGUAAGAUAAGUAAAAGAGAAAUAGGGCGGUGCUUUAAACUUAUACUGAAGGCUCUAGAAACAUCAGUAGAUCUUAUAACCACUGGAGAUUUUAUGUCAAGAUUCUGUUCUAAUUUAUGUUUACCAAAUAUGGUGCAAAGGGCUGCUACACACAUUGCUAGAAGGGCAGUGGAGAUGGAUAUUGUACCUGGAAGAUCACCAAUCUCUGUAGCUGCUGCAGCGAUUUAUAUGGCUUCACAGGCUUCUGAGGAUAAGAGAAGUCAAAAAGAAAUAGGCGACAUAGCUGGUGUGGCUGAUGUAACAAUUAGGCAAUCAUACAAACUAAUGUAUCCACAUGCAGUCAAUCUCUUCCCACAAGAUUUCAAGUUUGCUACUCCUAUCGAGCAAUUACCUCAGAUGUAAGCAUUCAGGAAAGACAACAUAUUAUCUAAGUUGAAGGUUUCAAAAAGCAUCAAACAAGUCAAACAGGCCGCAGCAUUCGUAAUUUUAUCCUAAAACUUAUUUUAUGUAUCAUUCAUGAUCAAAAUUCUUUUACAAACUUUUUUAUAAUUCAGGCUAAUUUCAAAAUUUUUAACGACUCCUGCUUGCAUUCGUAAAGAAAUAAUUGUUUUAUAGGUUAUUGAGUAAUUCUGUAAUUAAUGACUUGAUUGUAGUUUUUAUUUGACGUUAUUUUUUAUUAAGGGCAAGUAGAGCUUUAAGUUUUUAUUUGUAAACAAAUAUUUAUGGUAUUUUGUCGGUUAUAAAGACAAGAGAUAUGGUUAUCACAUUUUUUUUUCUUAGGAUAUUAAUUUAGGAAUCGGAGUUUAAGUAUUAUUCCAAAAAAGGGUUUAGAUGCCUUCAAAGCACUGGAAACUUUUAUAAAAAGUGUUAUUUAACUACGUAAAUGUACAGGUUAUAAAAAGAAAGAAGUUUGUUUGUAUUUUUUUCAUUUGGGAUUUUUAAAGAGCCUUAAUUUAAUAUACAUUAAAUGGUACAAUCUCAUCCAUAAACAUACCAUUUGAUUGAAAAAUUUACAUACCAUUUACAUCUCUCCUUAAGUGUAAUUUAGACGAAUCGGCUAUACAUUUGUAACUUAGCUUGUGAUGAUUUUGUAGUUAGUAAGGUAUCCCGUAUUUUUAUAAUGUUAUUGAUGUACAACAAUAAAAUCUUUUUUCGUA